AUGGAUCCCAAAAGCCAGAAGGUGAAGCUUAAUGAUGGCCAUUUCAUUCCUGUCCUGGGAUUUGGAACCUAUGCACCUGAGGAGGUUCCUAAGAGUGAAGCUCUGGAGGCCACCAAAUUUGCUAUAGAGAUUGGGUUCCGCCAUGUAGACAGUGCUCAUUUGUAUCAAAAUGAUGAACAGGUUGGCCAGGCCAUUCGAAGCAAGAUUGCAGAUGGCACUGUGAAGAGAGAAGACAUAUUCUACACUUCAAAGAUUUGGUGCACUUCCCUUCGACCGGAAUUUGUCCGACCAGCCUUGGAAAAGUCACUGAAAAAUCUUCAACUGGACUAUGUUGAUCUCUGUAUUAUUCAUUCUCCAAUGUCCCUGAAGCCAGGAAAUGAAUUUGUUCCAAAAGAUGAAAGUGGAAAACUGAUAUUUGACUCGGUGGAUUUCUGUCACACAUGGGAGGCCCUGGAGAAGUGUAAGGAUGCAGGGCUGACCAAGUCCAUUGGGGUGUCCAACUUCAACCACAAGCAGUUGGAGAAGAUCCUGAACAAGCCAGGGCUCAAGUACAAGCCUGUCUGCAACCAGGUGGAAUGUCACCCUUACCUCAACCAGAGCAAACUGUUAGAGUUCUGCAAGUCACAUGAUAUUGUCCUAGUUGCUUAUGCUGCUCUGGGAUCCCAACUAUCAUCAGAAUGGGUGAACUCAAACAAUCCUGUUCUCUUGGAGGACCCAGUUCUCUCUGCCAUUGCCAAAAAGCACAAGCAAACCCCAGCUCUGGUUGCCCUUCGCUACCAGAUACAACGUGGGGUUGUGGUUCUGGCCAAGAGUUUCAACAAGAAGCAUAUCAAGGAGAACAUGCAGGUGUUUAACUUUGAACUGACUCCAGAAGAUAUGAAAGCAAUCGAUGGCCUCAAUCGUAAUAUAAGAUACUAUGAUUUUCAACAGGCUAUUGAUCACCCUGAGUAUCCAUUUUCUGAAGAAUAUUGA